AUGUCUGGAGAAGUCCCCGUCACGAUGGACAGCCCCCAGAAGGGCUAUAUCAACGAUGAGGAGAGGAAUGUAGAAUCGAAGUCGGAGGAUUUAGCUCCCGAGAGCAUCAAUCAGCGGCAAGAGAUCCUGGCUCUGGACCUCGAUCCUGCGUUGGGUAGGAAGAUGCACCUUGUGAACAAUACCCUGGACGAGAUUGGUUGGACACCAUAUCACUGGAAAUUGUUCUUUCUUAAUGGCUUCGGAUAUGCCGUGGACGCUUUGCAACUUUCACUCCAAGGGAUCAUCGCCACCCAGGUAGUCUAUGAAUUUCAGCCUUCUUACAAAAAGGGCCUCACAAUCGCAGUGUACAUCGGGAUGCUUGUCGGUGCCCUAUUUUGGGGCUUUAGCGCUGACAUCAUCGGACGGAGAAUCGCUUUCAAUGUGUCACUCUUCAUCUGUGCGGUUUUCACCAUCGUCGCCGGCGCAGCUCCCGACUGGGUCUCGCUUGGAUUCUUCAUCGCCCUCUCAGCAUUCGGUGCUGGUGGAAAUCUGGUUCUCGACACUACAGUCUUCUUGGAAUAUUUACCCUCUAACAAGCAAUGGCUUGUAAUCUGGCUUGCUGCUUGGUGGGGAGUUGGCUCCAAUUACAGCUGUUCCGACCCAACUACGGCACCAUUUACACCCUGCACCAAGGCCAACAACAGCGGUUGGAGGUACCUGAUGUUCACCAUGGGAGCAAUGAUAUUCGCCAUGAGUCUUGCACGAGUCACAAUUAUCCAUCUUAAGGAAACUCCAAAAUUCCUCCUCGGGCAAGGCGGGGAUGCCAAAGUGGUCGAGAAUUUCCAAGAGUUGGCAUCGAUAUACGACCGGCCAUGUUCCCUUACCGUGGAGCAACUCGAGGCAUGUGGUACCAUCAGCUCUGCUCACUCAAAGUCUAGAUUCUCCAUCGGCGAAUUUUGGAUCCAUAUCAGAAGUUUAUUCAUGACGAAAGAGCUGGCCUUCACGACUCUUCUCAUCUGGUUGUCGUGGUCCAUGAUUGGGCUUGCGUACCCCUUGUUCAAUGUAUUCUUGCCGUCGUAUCUUGCAAGCCGUGGUAUUGAGUUCGGGGUCACCAGCACAUAUGAGACUUGGAGAAAUUACGCUUUAGUCCAAGUCUGUGGUAUCUUUGGACCCAUGCUCGGUGGUCACAUGGCAAAUUGGCGGCGCUUAGGGCGUCGUUAUACGAUGAUUAUUGGUGCUGUUCUUACCAUGGCCUUUUUCUUUGCCUACUCUCAGGUUACUUCUCAGGUUGAGAAUAUCACGUACAGCUGCAUCAUAUCUUUUACUCUGGAGAUAUACUACGGUGCACUGUAUGGAUAUACUGCCGAGGUACUACCAUCUGCUCAUAGAGCGACGGGAAAUGGCAUCGCAGUGGCUUUUUGCCGGCUUAUGGGUGUGAUGUCUGCUAUUAUUGCUACCGUUGCAAACACAGCAACUACAGGUCCCAUUUUUAUAUGUGGUGCACUGUAUGGCGGUCUUGCUAUUUGUGCAUUCCUAUUUCCAUUUGAACCAUAUGGUACACGAGCCUCUUAG